UCAACGGUUAACACGGGCAAGAACGGACAUGACAAUUGCCGCGUAAAAGUGAGUUCAUGGCAUGCGCAAUGCCGCCACUACUACAUCACCAAAGUGAAGCGCUCGCAGGCAGACUUCUCUGAGCGCUCGUGAGUGAGUUGCGCGUCGGACGCACGUCCCAGAUUUGGCACUGAUGCGAGUGUGUAGGAAUCCAGCGCGUCCUCCUCUCUCUCCUCUAACCUCCUCACAGCGAGACGCACGAUUCUACAGGAUGCCUCACCAUAUGCUUCUCUUAACCACUGAGUUUGGGGUUGGGAUUUAGGCGAUCCACCGGGCGCAGAGCGAGUUCUGGAUUUGGAUGCUUCGCUGGCACUGCUUUGCGGGUGAUGGUGAAGCGCGUAUUGCGCGCUGCCGCACGUUUCCUCGAUCAUUCCUCGGGACGUUUGGCGAAGGGAAAUGUGAAGAAGGCUUAAAGAAUGGCAUGUAAACAUGGUUUCUGCCAAGAAGGAGAUGGUGACUGCGAUGUACCCCACUUCUAUUCCCACUCUCCUCUACUUUCUCUGUGUGGCAGCUUGCAUAAAGAGAAUAUCUGGACAGAUCAGAAAGGAUGAGAAAUUAUACCCGGAAAAUUUCACGCGCAUUCUGGACCGACUCCUGGAUGGAUACGACAACAGACUCCGACCUGGAUUUGGGGGUCCAGUGACGGAAGUGAAGACCGAUAUUUACGUCACAAGUUUUGGCCCAGUUUCCGACGUGGAGAUGGAGUACACCAUGGAUGUGUUUUUCCGCCAGACGUGGGUGGAUAGGCGGUUGAGAUAUGAUGGACCGGUGGAGAUCCUCCGUCUAAAUAACCUGAUGGUGACCAAAGUCUGGACCCCUGACACGUUCUUCAGGAAUGGCAAACGAUCCGUGGCUCACAACAUGACUGCGCCCAAUAGGCUCUUCCGAAUCAUGAAAAACGGCACCAUCCUGUACACUAUGAGAUUGACAAUAAGUGCAGAAUGCCCGAUGAAACUCGUCAAUUUCCCGAUGGAUGGCCAUUCCUGUCCUCUGAAGUUCGGCAGCUAUGCCUAUCCAAUGACUGAGGUGAUCUACACCUGGACCAAAGGCCCUCAGCAUUCUGUGGAGGUCCCACCUGAGUCGUCCAGCCUGGUCCAGUACGACCUGAUUGGACAGACUGUGUCAAGCGAGACUGUAAAGUCCAUCACAGGUGAAUAUGUGGUAAUGACGGUCUACUUCCACUUGAAACGGAAAAUGGGCUACUUCAUGAUUCAGACGUACAUCCCCUGCAUCAUGACUGUAAUCCUUUCCCAAGUGUCUUUCUGGAUAAAUAAGGAAUCCGUACCCGCCAGAACUGUCUUUGGAAUCACCACCGUGCUCACGAUGACGACCCUCAGCAUCAGCGCGCGUCACUCCCUGCCCAAGGUCUCGUACGCCACGGCCAUGGAUUGGUUCAUCGCGGUGUGUUUCGCCUUCGUCUUCUCUGCUCUCAUCGAGUUCGCCGCCGUGAACUACUUCACCAACGCGCAGGCUGAGAGAGCCAAGAGAAAACAGGCCGCCGCUGCCGCCAGUGCCAAGAGCUCCACAGCGUCAGGCAAAGCCAAAGACACAGAGGAGGUCCUACAGCAAACCUCGGAUACCAACGGCAACCUGCGAAAACGCGUCAACUCCAGCAUUCAGUCUCAACCGGACUCCAAGAAAACCCAAAGAACCGAAACGUCUAGCAAGAGCGCCGCAGCCACAUCCAAACCAACUCUGACCAGCCAAUCAUCUUCCACCUCAGAGGGUACCAGCAGUUUCUCCAGCCAAUCACGUCUAAGCCCCAGUUCUGCCAGCCAAUCAAAAACAGCCCCUUCCUCCAAGACCACACCGCCAGCCCCGCCCUCUACGCCAACAGUUCCCGAGAAACCGUCGCCCGGAGCGACCGCUGGCUCCGCCCCUCUUCACCAUCUCCUCGGCCCGAAAUUAGAAAAUAUUAAAAAGAAGGAAGCCAAGGCCGCACCCCAACCUGCCGCUCCCGCGACCGGAGGAGCCAGCAAGAUCGACGAAUAUGCGCGUAUUUUAUUCCCAGUGUCCUUUGGGGCAUUCAAUAUGGUGUACUGGGUGGUUUACUUAUCCAAAGAAACCAUGGAGGCCAAGGGAGGCUAACAGGAACAGGCUUGGUUGUUUGUACCAUUUUUUUUUUCUACAACUCGCUGAACAAAUGAAAUAAGGAGACCUCUUAAGGAUUACUUCAACCAUAUUUCCAAGCAAUUCCAAGAAACGAAAUUCUAUUGCGGCAGACAAAACUGGACGAGCGCACGGAAGAUAACUUUUUUGUUGUUGAUCAAAAUGGCCGUACGCAAGAUUAAGCAUGUGGAUAUAUUAUAAUAAGUAAAAAUAAUUACAUUAAAAAACAAUCCAAUAGAUUUAUCUGUUGUCUUGAAUAGCCAUAUUUCCGGCCUGUCCUAUUUAUCGCCGGACACACUGAAGACGAAACAAUACCAGGGCCGUUUAGUCUAUUUUUAUAUAGAGACACUUCUGGGAGAAAAAAAAAAUCCUUCUUUCGAAGAAUCUUUUUCGGAAACCCAAUAGAUCUGAACUGACCUUGCGGAUGUCUGCCAAGAAGACAUAUUUCUGACAUAGUAUUUCUUUCAGUUCUUUCAUGAAUGGUAUCUAUUCGGUGUUUUCUCGCCGAGAGGAAACGUUGGAAGGGAGCGUGUGCUGAUCAGUGAAAAACACAUAUGCAUGUCUUUUAUUUUUUAAAGAGACUGAAAUAAUUUUUGUCGUUACAAAUUAAGUCGUUAAAGCGCAAAUUAUGGUUUUCUCUCAUUGUUUUUGAAGUUGAAUGGCUUGUUUUUAGUUAAGUUCAGUUUUAAUUUCCAUUGUUUCAGUACUUUUUGUUUCAGUACUUAUAGCUGAUACAUUCUCUGCUAUAAACAUGGACAUAGGAAGGAGUUUCACCAAAUGAAGCACACGGCAUGAUGCUUCUGGAGUCAUUUAGAACAAUAAGAGGAUUAAACUGACUGAUGUUGUCAUAGACGAUCCAGAGGACGAUGAAAACCUCCACCAAUCCACAUAGGGCUGUUUUUUGUAUGUGUAUAUUGGAUUUAAACCGUGAUUGGUUGAGGUCUUCAUUAUCCGUCAACUAUUAGUUUUCACAGAAAGUCAAUGUUAAAGGAAUAGAUCACUCAAAAAUGGUCCCAUGGAACAAAAACGGAAAUGUUUAGUCAGAUGUUUGAUGUCAACGUCCAAAAAUAACAACCAAAAAAGCAUUAUUAACCCUAAAUCCGUAUUCUGGACAAAUGUGGGCAAAAUAGUUUUGAUUUAUUUUU